AUGGCCCUCGAGCGCCCCCCCGGCGGUGCGGACGGGCCCGAGCAGCAGAGGGCGCUGCUCGGGGAGGCGCCAGACGCAAGCGUGGAGGACGCCGCGGAGGCCCGGCAGGCUGCGGCCGGCGCUCUCGGGGCCUUCCGCUGGCCGCGCAGCCUGGCCGAGACCGAGGCCACCCGGGCCGGGCCACGGCUGCCUGGCGCGGCCGGGCCAGGCCGCGCGCCCGCUGUUGUGCUCGCCGGGGUGGUCCUCGUGCUGACGCUGGUCGCCGCGCUGGGCGCGGGCGCCGCGUCUCUGCGUCAGCCGCGAGGGGCGCGCGGCGGGCUCGGCGCGCCGCCGGCCGCGCUGAGCGAGCGCAAGGCGCUGCACUGGGCCAGGCUCGGGGACGACACGGCGUGCCGCGCGGGCGGUAACGGCAGCCGCGCGGGACGGGCGAAGCCCCGCCGCGCGGCGUCCUUUUCGGCGCAGGAGUGCCAGGGCGUCUGCGAGGCGGAGAGCGGCUGCAGGGGAGUCCAGUACGGGCCGGGCGACGCCUGUCAGCUGUGGGGCCGCCCAGUGACGUACUUCGACCGGGAGCCUGGCGGCUCGUGCGCAGUCCGGCUGCCUUUGGGCGGGCCCCGCAGGCGGGAGAACGCCGCGUGCGUCGUGUCUCCGGGGGGGCAGCCCGACGAUGGCGCCGACGUGGUCUUGAAGGUGGUGAGCGGAGUCGAGGAGGAGCUGUGCCAGACACUGUGCCGCAGCGCGUUCGGUGAGGGCUGCAUGGCCGUGGCGUACGCCGCUGAACCGAAGCGCUGCGAGAUGUGGCGCCAGCCCGUUGAUUUCGAGGAGAGGCAGGGCAUCUCGUGCUCCACGUUCGAGUCUGCCAACGACACCGCGGGCGGCGACGCCCGCAGUGCGGCACAGCCCGAGGAGUCGUCGCUGCCGUGGGGCUCCCUGGGCUGGGGGUCACUCCUGGACUGGAUGGCUACGACGACCUCGACAACCACCACGACGACGACAUCAACAACCACCACCACCGCAACCACCACCACUGCCACCACGAGGACCGGACCAUCACGGCCACCAGUUCCGCCAGCUCCACGACCGCCACGGCCACCACGGCCACUACCGUGCGGGAGCGUGCCGCACCGCGGGCCCCAGCGAGGACUCGGACGAGAACGUCCACUGGGUCCUGAAGGAGGGCAUCCUCAAGCACCCAUCGUGGUACGAGGGGCUCAACGAGUCCUCCAGCUUCGAGGAGGUGCAGGCGUACCUUCACACGACCCACCCUGA